GCGGCGCAGAACGGGCAUGAAGCGAUCGUCAAGCUACUGCUCGGCACUGGUAAAGUUAAUCCAGAUGCUAAGAAUAAGGGGGGACAGACGCCGUUAUCUCGAGCGGCAUGGGACGGGUAUGAAGCGGUCGUCAAGCUACUGCUCGGCACUGCCAAAGUCGAUCCAGACGCUAAGGAUGAGGAUGGACAGACGCCGUUAUGGUGGGCGGCUCAGAACGGGCAUCAGGCUAUCGUUAAGCUAUUACUCGGCACC